UCUCCUCGCGUUCCUCUCUCCCUCUUUCAUCUCGUGCUCUCUAAUGGCGGCGUUCGAUGGCUCCAGUGAUGCGGGUGAGCUCUUGCUUUUCUGGAAUCAAUGGUGAGACUCCAAAUCAAACUGUUCAAGAUGCUCAGCAGCAUCCUAUUUCGAAGGAAGAGAUUGAAGAACAAGAAAGGAGAGCUCGUGUCAAUGCUGCCUGGGAGAAGAUGAAUAGUGGGCUACCUUCUAAGUUUUCUAAAGGUCUCUUGAAUAAGCCCUGUUCAACAGGGAACAAGGCAACAACUAAACCUAUACCUAAUUGGAUGGUUUAUCUUGGAAUGGCACCGAAAAAGACAUCAACGAGUGAGGUUGUUCUAGGAAAGAGGGCAGCUAAUUUACAGAAUGGUACAAGCGAGGAAGCUAAAAAACUUGCCGCGGCUGCUCUUUCUGCUGUUAAAGAUAGUGCAUCUGCUGCAGGAAGGGGAAAAGUUGAAAUAUCCGAGGUUCGUGAUUUUGCGGGCAAGGAAAUUGAAAUAAAGAAGCUUGUUGAUGCUGACUCAAAAGAGGCUGCCGAGAAGGCCAAAGCACAAGCUAAUCCACCCACGGCUCUUGACUCCAUUCUUGAGCAGAUAAAGAAGAAGCCAAAGCUCAGUGUCCUUGACAAGACCAAGAAGGACUGGGGGGAAUUCAAAGAUGAGAACAAAGGGCUCGAAGAAGAGCUCGACGCGUACAAGAAGAGCUCGAACCAGUACUUGGACAAAGUCUCAUUUUUGGAGAGAACUGAUUAUCGAGAAUUUGAACGCGAAAGAGAUGCCCGCUUAGCUUCACAGGCUAGAAGGAGGCCGGACAUGUGCGACGACGACCAAUAAUUCAUACCAGAUCCUUCGCCCUCUAACUAUUAGUAUUCUUUUCAGUUGAAUUACUUGCCGGCACUUAAUUGUUAUUUGUCAUGCAUGCGCAUUAGGUGUAAAAAGACAAUAUGAUUAUUGCAGAAUGUUUAACAUUUACCUGUACAUCAGUCUUGUUCAAUCA